GGCCCAACAGAAGCACAUAAAUGAAUUUAAAUAUAAAUAUAAAUAUAAAGGGGGUCGGUUAGAAAGAAAGCAUCCGCAGAAUAUGGAUUGGACCGUGAUUCCGAGGUCUAGGGCUGAAAGUCACGAGAUGUUAUGCCAUGCGGCGAGGGAUUACUCGCGUCGACUGGAUGAAUCCGAGCGUUUCGAUAUCGAGGGAAUAUUAGCACCACCAGGGGCCAUUCCACUGAUACCCUACGACUGUCAACUGCCUGAUAGUAGGCAUCCUGAACCUGUCUUGGUCAAGCUUUAUGCAGCUAGUGCGGGGCUUCAUCGUUACAAUAUGUUGGAGGUUCAAGUUAAUGAACUAAGGACCGGUAGGUUGGACAUGAUCGUUCCAAUUGCUAGACCUAAAGGUGUGACCACCAAGAAGCCCCUCAUACCUUGGGAUAGUUUUUCAGUGGAUCAUGAAUUGCCUAAGUGGCCGUCACAUGAUUCUUUCAAUGAUAGAAAACGAUUUUACUUGGUGAAGGAAUCGGAGUUGCAAAACAAUGAUUGGAUUUAUCUGUAUUUGCAACUUGUACUCUGUGCAAUUGAAAGGGUCAUAAUCUCAGAUGGCGAUCUGUCCAAGCUGAAGAUUGUGAAAGCGGUGAUAGAAACCAAGGAAGAUAUGCCCCCAAAUGAGAGACUCAACGCCAAAAAUGCUGUGGUCUACAUAACUUUUAAGGGAUUGGCCAAUGCUCGUAUUGCUGCUGGUGAGCAUGAUGAACGUAAAGCUAUCAUUAGAAGAAUCUUAAAUGAGCAUACAGGAUACUUGUCCCUCAUUGGUGAUUUGAUUGGAGAGAACGAAUUCGUAAACAUUGACCCUGCUACUUUUUUCAACUCUCCCGCGUUUCUAGAAGCCUUGGAUCGUGGUCAGGAGCUGCUGCCGCGGUCGCCGUGGAUGUGAUAGAGUUGUGGUCUAGCAAGGUCCAUGGUGCUCUAGUCUCUGCUUUGUUUAUCAUGAUGCGUAAACCUGAAUAUUAUGCUGUCUGCGUGAUGGCAAGAGAUCCAUUUUCAAAUAUGGAUCAGAUAAAUUAAACCAGUUAUUUUGUGGAUAUUUUUUAAGUGUAUCUACUACUAUAUAUUUAUUGAAUAAUGCAGUGCCAGUGCUUGUGGAUUGUUAAGUGUCUACUAUCUAUUGAAAAUGCAGUCUUUAUAUCUUGACGACAUAUAUGUGUUUCGCCCAAGUAUAUGUGCCUGGAUUUUGGUCAUA